AUGCAUCUUACCAAUUUUCUCGCCGCUGUUCUCGCCAGUACCGCGCUCGCCGCCCCCAUCGAGGACCGCGCGAGCAUCAACUUUGCCGAGAUAAAAGCAGUUCAGCAUAGAGUAAAUGGUCUCCGUGCCUUCGUCCAGCAGAUUCAGCAAGUCACCGGCGACGGAUCAGUGAGGGGGGUUUCGGGCCAGUUGCACUUUGGCGACUCUCUCACCAAGUUGAACAAGGCUGCUGCACAGGCCCAGGGCGCUAUCAACACGAUUAACGGCGUUGUCGGAAAGGCCCUUUCUCAGUACGAGCAGAAUGAGCAACACGCAAGUGGUCGUUGGAACUAG